AUGAAAGAGGUUAUCAAUUUGGCAGGGCCGAGUGUGAAGCUCGUGGACAGUGCAAUCCCUAGGCUAAACGAUGACCAAGUGCUUAUCAAAGUGGUCGUGUCCGGGUCUAAUCCAAAGGAUUGGAAGGUCCCAGAUGUCGCUGCUUCUGGAAAAAGCAAUCUAGAGAUGAUGCUUAAAGCCAAGAAGGAGUUGAACCAGGGAGACGAUAUUGCUGGGGUUGUUGAGAAAGUCGGAUCCAACCUGGUUGAAUUCAAAGCGAUCGCGUUGCAGCCUUUCACGAAAUGUGCACACCUGGUGGCUCUUAUGCUGAAAGCCACAAUCACACUCGCUGCCUUCACUGCAGCUAUUUCCUUAUACACGCACCUUCGCUUCCCACCCCCGUGGACACCUGCAGCGGAACCGAUCCCUUUCAUCGUUUAUGGUGCAAUCACAGCUGUUGGCUCAUUCGCUAUUAAAUUGGCAUGCAAUAGUAAUAUCCACCCUAUCAUCGCUAUUGCAGGAAAAGAUUCGCAUUAUGUUGGGGGCUUGCUCGAUCCAAGCCAAGGAGAUAUCGUGAUCGACUAUCGUGAAGGUAUAGAGACAACGGUCAAGAAGAUCAAAGGAGGUAUUGGACUAGCCGGCCACUCUAAUGUGCUGCAUGCACUCGACGCUGUUAUCAUUCCGCAAAGCGCCGAGGUCUUAAAGCAAUCGGUCGCUCCGAGUGGCCAGAUUGAUUUUACGCUGCCUAACGACCUAGACGUCUCACCUGCGAUCAAAUCGAUCACGUCAGUGGGAUCGGUGCACAAACAACAUGAGUUUGAGAACAACGAGGAACUGGGUUUCAUUUUCUCCCGGUAUUUUACAAGAGCAUUGAGCAAUUGCACUUUCUCGGGCCAUCCCUUCGAAGUUAGGUCGCGGCCUAGGUGUUGA